AUGAGUGUUUUGAGUGCGUUGAGCAAGUCUGACUACAAAACUGCGAGUGAUGGACUUCUGGAGCUCUCCGAAGAGCGGUUCCGCAGCAUCAUGCGCUCGGAGCCCAUCACAGACGUCUACCACGUCGAACAGACACCCUUUGCAAGUGUUGUCCGUCCAGUAUGUUUAGAUUGUUCACGCAUAAGUUAUCGUCAUGUACAUAACUUCUCUGUGGCUAAUAUCGAUUCGACCGCGCCCCGAAUACGUGAGUUAGAUUCCAUGGCAGCUAUCCGCGCUAAUAUCUUAUUCGUGUCAUUAGCACGAAAUGUCAGCGGCUUGGCACCCGCGGCGCCGGCCAACGUUCCUCUCGAACGAUGCACCGUGGCCCGCACCAGC